ACGGUCUUGGAAGUGGGAGAGAGAGAGAGAGAGAGAGAGAGAUUAGUGUGUUGGAACUUACUAAUCAUGUUCCGCGCUGUGAACUUGCGUCUCGGUGGUGUUGAUGCCCCCGUUCUAUGUCAGAACUGCACUGGAGCUUGAACAGGCCAGCUCUUGGGCGGGAGAUCGAUUGCUACCCUAAUGGGCUUCGUUGGUGUCCACUCUGUUUCCAGCCUCUCGGUACUGUUCCUUUUCACUCUGGAUCAUUUCCAUAACUCUUGCUCUCGAUCGGAAUCGUCACAAUCGUCAAAGCGGCACUCCGUUCGGGAUUGUCAUUUCGUGAUCUAUGCACACAAGGGAUGAGUGAAGAAGAUGAUCGAUCGUCCUUAGUGUUGGCAAUGUGGAUCUUCAUGCAUGUCACGGAGAUGAGUUAGUUGCAAGGCUGGAGGCUCGAGGCUUGCGAGAGUGUGGAGUACGGUUGGCAGCGCAGCAGCCAGGGACAAUGGAGGAGGUUGGAGAGAACGCCCUGGCUUUUUCAAGUGAGGCUAAGAUGCAGCAGGAGGCGUCAGCUGAGGCAGAGUUUCUGAACAAGAUGAUGGAGCUUGUGUCGCAACAGAGUCCACCGUCAUUUCUCCUCGAGUUUGUUCCUCGUUUGUUGGAAUUUCAGGUGGACCCUGGAAAUCCCGUGCAUGAAAUUGUAGUUAAAAAAAUAGAAGAAGCAGGUCUGCAUCAUAUCGACUAUGUGCAAGUCGUAGCUCCUGCUCUACUUUCUUUGUUGCAAGAUACCUCAUCAGCAGUUGUUCAGCGAUCUAUCACUAGUGGUAGUACAAUCUUCCGAAUCAUUUUUGAACAGGUCACUUUGCAGAGUGCCGAUGGCAGAGUGGUUGAUCAAAGCACAUUGGAAUGUUGGAAUUGGAUGGUCCGCUUCAAAGAUGCCGUUUAUUCCCUUGCAUUUCAGUACGGAAAUGAUGAUGUGCGUCUAUUGGCUCUGGCAUUUGUGGAGUCCACAUUUCUCCUCUUCACGCCUGAUUCCAAGAAUCUGCCACCUGAUCAACAGAUUUCUGGUAUGUCUCAAGAGUCUCAUGCGACUUGGUUAGCUGGUGGUCAUCCCACUUUAGAUGCCAACACAUUAAGGCAGGAAGCUUCCAAUAAUCUUGGACUGCUGUUGAACCAGCUACAGAUUUCAGAAGCACCGACCCUUUCUUGUUUGGUUGCGUUUUCAAUUAUCAACAGUUUGAUAGGUAUAGCAGAAAGAAGACCAUCCAUUUCAUCAACAAUUUUUCCUGUAUUAUUGUCCUUAGUACCAAAUUCUGAGCCUUUUACGGGAAGCCACAAUGAAAAGGUUCUUCAUGAACUGAAGGAAGCCUCUUUAAAUAUUUUAAACUCUGAUCAGCCGAGUGCUCUGCCGUGGCGAGAUCAAUUGGUUGCAGCAUUGAGGCCCAUGAAUGGCGGGGAAACAGGUGAUCGAAUUGUUCAGGAAUCUGAGAGCCCUGCUUCUGUGCCCAAUUCUUCAAAAUUUAAAGGAACUGGUUCUUCCACCAGCUCAAGAAUUACGGCCAAGCCUCGUAGCACUUCAACUGCUGUUUCUACUGUGACUGCGCCAACACGACCUGCAUCUCCCUUGAGAAAGAUCAGGACCUCUUCUGCUUCUACCAACAUGACUAUUCCAUCACGACCUGCCUCUCCGGCGAGACAGAUAAAGACUUCGUCAGUUUCUGCUUCUGUGACUCCUCCACCCCGAAUCGCUUCUUCAGCGAUACAGAUUAGGACCUCGUCUGCUGCCACUACUGACAAAGGCCCGCCACGCACUGCAUCUCCCUCAAGGCACAGUAAGGCAUCAUCUGCUUCUGCCACCAUCACUGCCUCGCCAAGAACUGCGUCUCCUUUGAAACAACCAAAGACCUCUUCAUCUUGCACCACUGUGACCGCUGCGCCGCGGCCGGCAUCACCCUUGCGGCAGAUUGCCAAAGCCCCGGGUUCUUUGUCUCAAAAUGGACUCUCCGGCGGGAAGGGAUUUCGGGGGACAUCCCCAGCGAGACCCAGACCUGCCUCUGUGAAUAAUGUGUCCAUCAAAGUUUCUUCUUCUCAUUCUGGCACAAGUGCUGAUUAUCUGAAGUCGUCAAGCGUCGUUGUCCCGUUUCCUCCAACCUCAGCGCGAUCUUCUGUGAGGCCUGCUCUCACUUCGUUGAAGAUAUCACCUCGACCGUCUCCCUCUUCUUCUCCCCGUGGUGUCCCGAGUGUAGAGAACCCCAAGUUGUCUGGUGUUGUUGUGCCAUUUCCACUCACUUCUGUGAAAUCUUUGCCCAAGCCUUCUAUUACCUCUGUUAAACUGACACCUUGCCCAACUUCUCCUUCAGUGAAGCCCACACCCCGAACAGCCCGUCUGACAUCAUCCUCUGUGAAAUUAACACCUCGACCAGCGUCUCCUUCAGCUCGUGCUUCGGUUGGUGCGUCACCUCGAACAACUUCUGUAACUGUAACAACCCGCCCUGCAUCUCCGUCUCCAGCUGCACGGAAACUUGUGGUACUUUCUAAAAAUACACCCACACCCCCGUCACCCCGUGCUUCUGAAAAAAAGUUGACCCAGGUUCCUACUCUCAUUGGUCAACAUACUGGUGUUCCAGUCUCAUCAAGAUCAAACAAUGGCAAACCUUCCGCUGUCACUAAUUUAGCAGCGGUGUCUCCGAGCCAAGCACCCUUUGGACGGAAUAAGUUUUCUUCCAACGUCACCGCUCCUAGCCUGUUGAAGGCAAAAGCUAGUACUCUGACUAAUACGACGCGAAAGGGUUCGCUGACGCCGUCUUGUGAGAGCUCGCAGAAUAUGUCUUAUAGCAGCAGCGAUCUCAAUUUGCAUGCAUCUUCUGAACAAUCGGAUGCUACAGCAACGUUGAGUAUAGUGCAGGAGGUUCCUACUCAGAGGCUAAGGAUUGCAAGUUUCAAGCGAAACAGUUCAGGACUAUCGAAGGCCACAGAGAUUAUUUCACCCGAAGUUCUUCCGGUCAACCCAAUAACCAUGAAUACGAAGAAACGAUGUGGAUGGAUUACUUCUCAGAGUGAUGACGUCCAUAUUGCUUACCAUGACAGUGAGUGGGCCAUUCCAAUCUAUGAUGACAAGCUUCUCUUUGAGUUGAUUGUGCUUCAGGGUGCACAGGCAGAGUUAAGCUGGCCCACCAUCCUUGCCAGGCGCAAUAACUUCAGGGCCGCAUUUGCGAAUUUUGAUCCAGCUAUUGUUGCCAAGUUCGAUGAGAAGAAGAAACUAUCACUGAUAGCAGAUUCGUCCAUAUGCUUUCCAGAAGCGAAAGUGAGAGGGGCUGUUGACAAUGCAGCACAUGUUCUCAAGAUCAUUGAAGAGUAUGGCUCGUUGAGCAAAUUUUUGUGGAGUUACGUCAACCAUAAGCCGGUUGUUAGUCAAUAUAAACUCGCCAAACAAGUGCCUGUUAAGACACCAAAAUCCGAGGCGUUGAGUAAGGAGCUAAUACGUAGAGGUUUCAGGUUCGUGGGUCCGACAACUAUGUAUUCAGUGAUGCAGGCAGCAGGUCUGGUAUGUGACCAUUUGGUGACCUGCUAUAAAUAUCUGGAAUCUUCUGCUGGCAAUUCUCCAGUGAUGGAUCCGGUUAUAGAAGGGGAGAAGAUUGCAGACCCUUGGCAGCGUAUUUCUCUACCAACAAACGGGUAUCCUCUUGAAUUCAAACGAGCGUCAGCCAAUGCUAGUGAUCCCGUUUGGGCAGAGCUCCCAAUAAUCGAGGAGGCAAGAGAAGAUGAGUCGGAUAAGAACUCUGAAGACGGAGAUAAUUAUGACGAUUUGUCAACGUCAUCAAAACUUGAGAUAUCAGUUUGCUAACCCGCGAAGUGAAACAACGUCCAUCACAUAAACUGGGAUUCAUCUCCAUUAUCUUCUCAUCAAUACGCCUAGCAAUUAAUUUUAUAAUUUAAUUGUCCCUUGGCUAACAGACGUAUUGCAUCUAAUGCCCAUUAUUAAAUAGAAUUUUCCCCCUGCCACCAAUCCCCCAGGCCCGUCCGUUGGAGCUACUGUGGGCGAUUUACAUUAAAUUCCUGGUUACACCCAGGAUCAGGUGGACAUGUAAAAUAUUCGGCUACUACACAUAAAUUUUUGCAGUUCUUCGGCUACAAUCACUUUUGCUAGUUCUCUUGCCGAUCUUGUCAUACAUCAAUCAGACUUACAUAUAGGACUGCGGCGGAGGGCUGGUAUCCGUAAUUGGUGGAAUUUGUGCUUCUGAAUGAAGCAUUUUCGAGUUUCAAGUUGCAUAGAUUUAUUCUUCUAAAAUGAACGAAUGGUUCUUCUUGAACUGAAAACAUGUAUUUUUAGACUGAACUCUUUCUUUUACACCUAUUAUUUAUGCUUUUUGAUGUGCAAUAUAUUUUCAUCCCUCAAGAUUCUGUGGAUCUUCUCAGGAUCAUACGUCUUAUUUUGUGCUAUCAUACACAUCUGCAAAAGCGUGUACGAAUCCCCAAGCUCUGAUGUCUAUUAAACUCUUAAUCCUCCUCUCUACACAAGUUUAAACGCUGCAGCAGAAGCUUAUAAGAGGCGUUCAUCUAUGCAGCGGUGACCAGGAACCUGUAGGCUUUAGUGACGAGUUUGGCCACAGGUCUUUGGAGUAAAAUUCCCUGGCUGAGCGUUUCUUAAACCACACUCUCCAUCUCCCUCAAGUUGUGCAGGGAUGCAGUCAGAGUCCCCUGAGCCAGUGUUUUUUCAAUGAGCAUUUGUGAUGAAGAUGAAUCUGUUUAUCUUGAAAUUGAAUUGGGUUGGGUCAAUGCGUGGGAAUUAAUUUGAUUGCGAGGGGUAAAUUCUGUAAUUUGCAAACUGCGCAAGGUGGCAUUUGACGACCAUGUAUGAGAAGAGUCGCAAUUUGGCAACUCGAUUGGACGACAAAGGGGAGGAGGAUCAACCAGGUACAUUGCAAUCAGGGUGCAGAGUGGCAUUUGUUGAAGCAACUGGAAAUGGACUUAAAUUGACAAUUAUAAACUCUUGAGAUUUUGCCUUUGCAGAGCAGGAAAUUUUUUCGGGGUGGUGAAGUUGGCAAAAGAGUAGGGAGAGACAUGGAAAGUCUCAAUAGGUAGGGCCCUAGCAAUGUGGUUCUGAAUGAGUGGGGAAGAUGCCAUUGAGGCAAAGAGAGAGGCAUCUCAGGUAGAGCUAUGGGUAGGAUGAGGGUGCAAUAGAAGAGUGGUGUGUUGCUUUAUAGCAACCCCAAGGUGGAGGACAUCAUGGGCUUUUGAACAACAUUACUACAUGUCACCAACCGAUAAUUGCAACCACUACAAUCAAGGCAAUACUGAAGCGACAUUGUCAAGGUAAAAGAAAUUCUUUAUGUAGUAAUGAGCAAAUAAGAGUGGCUUUAUGCUCUCUGCUAAAGAGGGUGUAAGCAUUAUAAAUCAUAAAGAGGGUGUAGCUAUAAAUCAUGAUAAUUCAUACACAACUUUUUGAGAGUGGUGUUAUGAAGUGCAAA